UGCGCUGCACUGUUGCUCGCGACGCCUCGCUGUCUGCUCGCUACACACGCCUUCACGCCCGCCUUACGUCUCACGCCUCACGCCUCACGCCACAUCACGCCGCGCCAAUCACGCCCAGCGCCGCACGUCCUUCACUCCAUCUGCGCCGCACGUUCGAGCGCCUCAGCGCGCGGCGUCUGCCGCGAUGACCGACACGCCCUCUGUGGCUGCAGAGCCAGCCUCGCAGUCGGAUGCCGCAGCGUCGAGCGCAGCUGUGGCAGCGUCACCGCGUGCAGCUGUUGCCGAGGCCGCCGGCGCUGAUGGCGCCGCUGUGAAGCCUGCAGCCGCGGAACCGCCUUCCACCACUGCAGCAGCGGUCGAUGAGGACGCAGGGCCACCUGCAGCACCUACAGCGUUCAUUAGCGACGCUCAUGCCGAAGCACCGCCCUCGCCUGCGGCGGACAAAGCUGAGCCGCUGCUCCCGCCGCUAGACGCCUUGCAGAUCGACGACCCGCCUGCCGAUGCGCCUGCCGCGCCGCUCACAACACCGGACGACAUGCUGCAAAGCGCAGAGCCAGUGGAGCACGCCACCGCAGCCGGCGAGCAGCAGCCGGCAGAGACGCACGAGCCUCAGGGCGUGGGCGUGCACGGCUCUGCCGACGCUGCAUCGACGGACGAUGCGUCUGCGCCGGCGCCCGGCCUUGCAUCGCCUGCGCAGCUUCACGAGCCCGCCUCUGAUGAUCAGCUGCAAGCGCGCAGCACCGUACGUGAUGCACAGCCUCCCGCGGAGAGGUCUUCUUCCGUAGCCGAAGACGAGGCGUUCAUGGCGAUUCCGAGCGAGGCCGCGCCUGCAGUGCCAGUAAAGGGGGAGUCCAGCGUGCGAAGCGUGCCUGAAGCUGCUGCGCCUUCUAAGGCGCCGGUCACGCCGUCCCUCGCGGCGCCAGCCACUCCUUCGCUUGGCAGCGCUCCGAAGUCGCCGCGCACGCCGGGCUCGAACAUUCGCGUAGGAAAGGGGCCGCCGCCGAGCACGCCGGCGAGCGAGGAGCGGCCCUUUGACUUCAACCGCUUUCUGGAGCAGAUGCGGAGUAAGAGUGCCGCGCCAGUGGGCGAGUACGUGCGCAGCUUCAUCAAGGGCUUCACGAGGAAGCCGUACCGCGUGUCGGACCAGACCAAGCUAAUCUUCGACUUUCUGGCCUUCAUCUCUGGCAUCAUGCGCCAAACGGCGCCCUUCUCGACGCUGUCCGAGCCUGAGUUUGAGAAUGCGCUCGAGGCGAUGGAGAAGCUCAUCAUGAAUCGCCUCUACACGAGCACCUUCUCGCCCGCGAUCGCCAAGGAGGGCCGCUGGAAGGUGCAGACCGACGACUUGGAGCGCGACCGCGUCUUCCGACAGCGCACAAAGCUGUUUGAGUGGAUUGGCGAGGAGCAUCUCGACGUGCCCGCGGGCGAGCACUCCAAGGGCUUUGUGGACUUUGCGAUUCAAGAGCUUCUCAAGAUCAACCACUACAAGGCGCCUCGCGACAAACUCAUCUGCAUCCUCAACUGCUGCAAGGUCAUCUUCGGGCUCAUUCGGCACGCAUCGAGCCAGGAGAGCGCAGACACGUUCAUUCCGUGUCUGAUCUUCGUCGUGCUGCGCUCGAGCCCGGACAACCUGAUCUCCAACGUCGAAUACAUCAGCCGCUUUCGCAACCCCGAGCGGCUCUCGAGCGAGUCGGGCUACUACCUGUCCAGUCUGAUGGGUGCGAUCGCCUUCAUUGAGACCAUGGACUACACCUCGCUGUCGAACAUCACGCAGGAGGAGUUCGAGAGCAACGUCGAGGCCGCGAUCGCGCGGCUCUCUGCUGCGCCGCCAGACACGCCUGUCCUUGGACAGGACAGCCCUCGCGGCGCCCAGCCUCCACGCUCGCCGGGUGCCGCCGCCGGCAGCCACGAUGCAGCCUAUGCGCAGGAGGGCUCUGACGGCGACCAGGCCAAGGCGCUGCCGCUGACGCCCAUGGCCAUGUCCAUCGCGGAAGACACGCGGGCGUUCUUCUCGCGCACGGGCGAGGUGGCGCGCGCCGGCCUCGGAGCCAGCUUCGUUCGGCCUAUGGGCGCGCUGGGACGCCUUCUCAGCGACGGCAUCGAUGGAGUGCGCACGCCGAACAGCAAUCCUGGCGCCGCCGGUAGCGGCGGAGCGUCACCGUCCGGCGCAGACAGUCCCGGCGACGGGCACAGCGGGCAUGGCCAUCUCGCCUCGCAAGGCGGCACCGGCCGUCGUCUCUUCGCCGGGCUCUUCGGCAACGACUCGGAGGAGACUCCAAGCCGGCCGACGUCGGGCUACGGCGGCGCGAACUGGACGCGCGCAUUCCGAGGCCCCGAGCACGACGAAGAGCCGCAGACGCCUGCCGGCGACGAGUUGCGGCACGGCCCGUUCUCGACGCUCGCAGGCGGACAAGGCGCUCCUGGUGCUCCGUCGCGGCGGCGCGCUCAGCCGGGCUUCCCGGGUUAUAUAGAACCCCAGCGCCCUGCGCCGGCGCGGCAGAGCAGCUUCGAGUCGUACCAUGACGACGACGACGACGACGGCCCCAUGACAGGCGGCAGUGGCGCACGCACGCCCACCUCUGAGGACGGUGAGCACGGACUCGGCGUGCCCUCGGCCGCCGCAGGCCGAGCUCCGCGCGCUCAGCGCUUUGCCAGCGACUUUGCGCCGUCCUUCCUGGCGCCCACCCAGCCGGUGCGCAACGUCGAGCCCGCGACGCCGACGCCUGCGCGGCCGGCGCAGCUGCCGCAGGAUGUCGCCGAGGAGAGCGAGGAGAUCCAGCGCGUGCACCUCGCCGCCGGCAUUGAGACUGUGAGUUGCGCGCGUCCUGCUUGGCUGGCGGCGCUGACCUGCGACGCAGCUGCGGAGCAUCUUCCCGAACGCCGAGCCUCAGGUUGUGCAGAUGGUGCUCGAGGGCUGGUGAGUCGCUGCGGCCGCGGGCAGACGCGGCAGGGCUAACGGCGCUCGCUCUGCAGCGACGGCGACGUGCAGGCGUCGAUCGACAAGCUGCUCGAAAUGUCAUGACUGCGACGAGCGCAUCGCGCAUGACUGUGGAGGCGUGGCAUGGAAAGCGCUUCGCAGGCGCACUCUAAGGCAGCUGGGUGACAGGAGGGGUAUGGUGACACGAGGGACUGCUCUACGAGA